AGAGCUGAUCUCUAGCUUCAGCUCCAGCUCUGAUCUCUAGCUCUGAUACUCUGCUUUUAAUCUCUCAAUAAUGUUGCUGCUGACCCUCGCCAUUGGGGCACUGGCAUUGCUCCUCAGCUGGGACUUUAUGCGCAAGCGCAAGCGCGUGGCAGCCUUCGGGCGGUCCAAGAUCUCUGGCCCCCUGGCGCUGCCCAUACUGGGAAAUGGCCUGCAGGCCCUCAGCCUGGGUGCAGAGAACAUUAUCGAUUGGGUGGAUGAAUCCUUUCGUAUCUAUGGCAAAACCUUUCGCAUGUGGAUCCUGGGCGAAUCGCUGAUCUACACCAAGGACCUGAAGCACUUUGAGGCCAUUCUGAGCAGCACCACCCUCCUGGAGAAGGGACAACUCUACACGUUCCUGCGUCCCUUCCUCAACGAUGGCCUGCUCGUGAGUGUGGGCAAAAAGUGGCAUUCGCGGCGCAAGGUCUUCACCACUGCCUUUCAUUUCAAUGUCCUUGAACACUAUGUGGGCAUAAUGGACAGGCAGAGUGCAGUGAUGGUGGAGAGGCUCCAGGAGGUGGCUGAUGGCAAGACAGCAGUGGAUAUGCUGCGUUAUGUCUCCCUGGCAGCCUUGGAUAUUAUUACGGAGGCCGCCAUGGGAGUGCAAGUGAAUGCCCAAAGCGAUACCAAGUUCCCCUACGUUCAGGCGCUCAAAAGCGUUGUGUACAUCCAAUCCGAUCGCAUGUUCAAGUUCUCGCAGCGCUACGACUGGCUCUUUCGUCUCACCUGCCCCGUGUUGCACUGCAAGCUGCUGGGGGAUAUUCGCAUCAUGCAUGACUUCACCAACAAGGUCAUACGCGAGCGACGCGCCACAGUGGAGCAGGCAAAGGCCGACGGUAGCUACAGGCCGCUAAGUCUGGGGGAUCCCGAGGUGGGUCGUAAAUCGCAAAUGGCUCUGCUGGACAUCCUGCUGCAGGCCACCAUCGAUGGGCAGCCUCUGAGCGAUGCCGAUAUACGCGAGGAGGUGGACACUUUUAUGUUCGAGGGCGACGACACCACCAGCAGUGGCGUCUCCCAUGCUCUGUAUGCCAUCUCCCGACAUCCCCAGGUGCAGGAGAGAAUCCACAAGGAACUUUUACAAGUUCUGGGCAGCAAUCCUUCGUCGCCAGUCACCCAAUCGAAGCUGCAGGAGCUCAAGUAUCUCGAGUGUGUGAUCAAGGAGACCCUGAGACUGUAUCCCCCUGUGCCAGCCGUCGGUCGAUACACCACCAAAGAGCUACAGAUCGGUGGACAGACGAUACCCGCCAAUACGAGCAUCUACCUGGUCCUCUACUUUGCACAUCGCGACGCGGAGCACUUCCCCGAUCCGCUGGCCUUCAAGCCUGAGCGGUUUUUGCAUGCAGACUCCGAGGAUCGGGAGACCUUUGCCUAUGUGCCGUUCAGCGCGGGGCCCAAGAACUGCAUUGGCCAGAAGUUUGCGAUGCUCGAGAUGAAGGCGCUGAUCAGCAAGGUGCUGCGAUGCUACGAGCUGCUGCCCCGAGGGGCAGAUGUCAAGCCCAUGAUGAACUUUAUACUGCGCUCACCCUGUGGCAUUAAUGUGGGUUUGAGGCCCAGAAUAUCCUAGGAAUUACAGCAGGAAUUACAGCAGGUGUCGGGUGUGGUUUUGUGAUAUUUAGCACCAUAAGU